UCUAUAUGGCGAUGGAUCACGUCCAGCAGUUCUGCAAUCUGCUGGUGUCUCUUCCCCAAAAGCUGUUAUGAUCAUGUACACAGGGAAGAAGAGGACAAUUGAGGCAGUCCAAAGGCUUCGGCUUGCUUUCCCAGUGAUUCCAAUUUAUGCCCGAGCUCAAGACCUCAUGCAUCUUUUGGAUCUGAAAAAAGCAGGAGCUACAGAUGCUAUUCUCGAAAGUGCAGAGACAAGUUUACAGCUUGGCUCUAAGCUUUUGAAGGGGUUUGGUGUCAUGUCUGAUGAUGUAAGCUUUUUAAGUCAGCUUGUUCGGGACUCCAUGGAGCUACAGGCUCAAGAGGCACUUGGCAAAACUGAUGGUCGAGAAUUUGAUGUUAUGAAGCCGCUGCAGGUAAGAGUAGGUGACUUCAAUGGGGCUCAAGAACCGAUUUCAUCAACUUCAAACAAUGAAAGGUUAUCUAGAGUGAACGACACAGAUGUAUCUCGUGCUCUUAAUUAUCAAGAGGAGAUAGGAAAAGCAACACAUGAUGGUGAUCAUCAACUGUCUGACGAUUUAGACGGAAAAGGAGUGUUGUACUGUGAAUUAGAUGAAGAAAACGGUUUUCAAGAACAAUCCGAAGAAGCUGGAGAAGAAAAGAUGGUAAAGCCAUAAGUAACUAAUCUAACAACUACCAUGAAUCUUAAAAGAGAAGUGCAACAUUUGAAGUUGUGCAUCUGAAAAUGUUGUACUCUUGUAGCCGAAUUAUUCAAAAUUUUGUUGCAAAGUCUAACCAUAGCAUGGAUAGAAGGCAUGUAAAUCACAUGCAAGCACUGGUAGAACUGGUCUUUUUGACAGUAGAAACACUCAAAAAGUCCUGAUUCUUUAUUAGCCACACAUGAAAUAUUGUUGAACUUUAGUGUAAAUAAUUGACAAAUGAAAGAGGUCUUCUUUGUUUUUCCCUCCC